AUGGAUCUCACUAUCGACCCGUCGUUACGGGUGUGGGUUUUGUUCCCCAUUUUCUUUGUCAUGAUUCUCGUCGGAGUGCUUCGACACUACGCCACGAUUCUGCUCAAUCCGACGCCCAAAAACGGAGACGCCAUGACCAUCCGACAGCAGCAGUUUCUCAUGUACGGAUCCAACCUGCGACUCAACGGCGUCAAUCUGAGCCACACGGCUUUCCAGAAGCGCCAGAGCUACUUUGUCGAGCAGUUCAAGGCCGGCAAAUACCUCGCUGACCCCGAAAAUGACGGCAACAACAACCCCUCGCAGAUGCUCAACGAUCCAGGCCAGUUCGAGAAGGUCAUGGACUCCAUGAAGGGCCAGGCCAUGAUGGUGAUCCCGCAGACCCUUAUGAUGGGCUGGGUGAACUCAUUCUUUGCUGGCUUCAUUCUCAUGAAGCUGCCCUUCCCUCUCACCAUCCGGUUCAAGGCCAUGCUGCAGUCCGGUGUCAACACCCAGGAUCUCGACGUCCGAUGGGUCUCGUCACUGUCGUGGUACUUUCUCAAUCUGAUGGGUCUCAAUUCCAUCUACGCGCUGAUUCUGGGAGGCCAGAACCAGGCCGGAGGCGUCCAGGCCAUGGGAGCCGGCCAGGCUGGUGCCAUGCAACCCGGAAUUGUGUACGCCAACGUGUACAAGGGCGAGGCUGAGAACCUGGCUCUCGCCAACCCCAAGAGCAUUCUCGUGGGCGUGGAGGAUAGAGUGAUUAAGCAGUUUAGCUAA